UCGAAGCCAAGGCACUUGAUGAGGAGUCUGGACCAGAUUUGGGUUUGAUCAUACUACACAUGGAGUUUUACUCAAAGAGACGUUAUACCGCCCUGGGGGAAAAUGGGGAUUCUACAACUGAGAGUGGAACAGUGACCCAGGACACAUGCAGAAUCUUUUAAAACUACUGGCUGUAGAGUGACACAAGAAAAUGCUUCUGUGUUGCCUUUGCAUGCAAUAUUCAAACCUACAUUUUAGAUAUUACUGCCUUAAACAACCAUAGUAAGGAGGGUCCUGUAUUAACUCUGGGAUUUGAAGGACAUCUGGACCUUUUUCUAAAGUGAGGUACAUCUGGAUCAAGCAGAAAUAUUAUUUCCGAGGUAAGCUCAGUGGUUUAUUUUAGUAAGGAGACUGUACUUGCUCAGAGAUGACUGAAGCCCUGCAAACUGGACUCAUACUCUUCUCAUUUGUGGUGGUAUGUGGGGGUGAGCCAACACAUGCUGGGCCAGACAGAAUGGGGGACUCUCAUGGACAUGACAGACCGGUCCAUCUGACUUCUCAUUGGGCUUUCCAGCUUGUCAAUGACUCACUGACCUUCUCCAGGGCUGACAGCUUCUGCAGAGGCCAGUUCAGCUCCCUUCCAACCCUGGACCAGUCAAAAGACCAGGAAGGAGCCCUGGAGCUGAUUCGGCAGACUGGACUUCGCUCACCUGUCUGGGUUGGGAAUCCCAGCAGCACAGCCUCUAAGCCUGUGGCCCUUUCCAAACAAUAUUUACAGCUCUCAGCUCUACACUUCCCAAAGGAAUCCCGAGAUGGGUUCACUCGUGUCAACAUGUCCUUUCUUGCCCUAUCGUCUGUCACUGUGUGUGUUCGUGUUCAGUGGAACCCAGAGUGGAAAGAAGUGUCCACCAUCUUCUCCUAUGCUGCACCUGUCUUUACCAAUGAGUUCCAGCUCAGGGGCCAAGUGGACAUGCAGGGACGCAUCCUUCUGGCCCUCAUCAUCCAUGGGAAGCACCUGCCCUACAAGGCGUUCUUCUCCAAUGACGGAGCUUGGCAUCAUAUCUGUGUCACAUGGUGCCGGAGCAGUGGCGACUGGGCAAUCUAUGUGGAUGGGGACAGGAAGGACAUGGGCUCAGGCACAGAUACUUCCAGAGAUAUAUAUGGAGAUGGGAUAUUCAUUCUGGGUCAGGACCAAGAUUCAUUUGGAGGGAAUUUCACAGAGCCAUUUUUUGGAAAUAUCACCGACCUGAAUGUUUGGAAUAUUACUCUGGAAAAAAGGCAUGUCCACGCUAUCAAUGCAUGUUCACCCAUGACCAAGGACAUGCUUUUCAAUUGGAACCUUGACCAUCUAAGCAGUCAUCCAGUGGUCAAAGAGGUGCAGGUCUUUUUGUUUUGCCCAGUACAUCAGCAGAUGGAGCUGCAGGACUGCAAGACGCUGCAGGGCUGGUCGAAUCAGCUCCCACUGUUUGGCCAGACAGACUGUUCAGAUCUGCUGCCGUUCAUCUGCAGAAGCAGCAGAGAGCGAUACCUGAAGAUGAAGCAGAUGAGUGAUUCUCGGAACUCUCAUCCCACUGCCUUUAUGAGCCAUCUGAUGAAGCAUUCCAACAAAACCCAGGCAGUGUUGGGGCAGCAGCCGUCAGAGCUGGGCAGCCUGGCCCAGGCAUCUGCCCUGUUGAACAUCUCUGUCCAGGCCCUGGAGGACACCCAGCAAGAGGGACUGCAGCCAACAGACAUGGUGUCCCUCAUACAGCUGUUGUUUCUCGCUGCUGAUGUGCCCAUUCAGCCACUUACUGAUGCCACCAACCACAGCCAGGAGAACAUCAAGGAGCUUGGCCAGCACUUCAUCAGUGUGGCGGACAGCAUCAUCUGUGAAGACAACGCUCUCAAGUGGCAGGCCAUCAAAGGGGUGGUGAACGGCCCCAUGGAUGUGGUCAAGAGUAUUGACCGGAUGGUUACCAGUCUGAGCCCUCACUUACUGGCAGAGAAUGAUCACCUGACCAUUCACAGCCCCAACAUCAAACUGGAGGUGCAGCAGCAGCGACUGCAGGAAGGAUCCAGAGGAUCAAGCUUCUGUGGGCCUGAGACAGAGAAACACGCCAACAUAGACUGUAUUUCAGUUCCACAUCAGAAGAUACAGGAUCUCCGUAACAACGGCUUCCAUAAGCUCACAUUGGUCAACACGUGGUAUGGCUCUCUGCGGCCUCUUUUCACUCCUGAGGAGAACAUCACCAUGGUGCCUACCGUCACUGAUGGUAGCCAGAGGUAUUUGGGCACCGUUCUGGGCUCUUCUGUCAUAUCCACCACAGUGCUGGGAGACGACCAGCCUGUUAGCACAGCAGUUCACUUCCAGCUCCAGCACAGAGUACAGAAUCCCACUGGUACUGUGUAUGAUCCAGUAUGCGCCUUCUGGGAUUUCAGUCUCAUUCCGGAGGCUGGUGGGUGGUGGAAUACCAAAGGUUGUGAGGUAGUGUCCAAACAAUAUGGAUACACUGUGUGCUACUGCAACCACACCACCAAUUUUGCAUUGCUGCUCCAGGUUUAUGAAGCCCAGAGGAGCCCAGAGAACGAAAAAGCUCUGCAGGUGCUGACGUUCAUUGGCUGUGGAGUGUCUCUGUGUGGCCUCCUCUUCACCUUCAUCCUCUUCAUCGCUGUGGGUGUCCCAAAAUCAGACCGUACCACUGUCCAUAAGAACCUGAUUGUUGCUCUGGGUAUCGCAGAGCUGCUGUUGAUGUGCAGUGACUGGGCAUCUGCCUAUGAGGCAGCAUGCUUCGUCGUGACUGCACUGCUACACCUCUUCUUCAUGGCCUCUUUCUCCUGGAUGCUAGUUGAAGGCCUGCUGCUCUGGAGCAAGGUCGUCUCUGUCAACAUCAGUGAGGACCGCAGGAUGAGGCUCUACUACAUCAUUGGCUGGGGACUACCUGUUCUAAUAGUUGGUGUAACAUUGGCAGUAUCAGUGGAUGAGUACAAGGCAGAGGAUCACUGCUGGCUCAAUGUGAGAUCUGACACCAUCUGGGCCUUUGUGGGACCUGUUAUAUUUGUCUUGACGGUCAAUGCAGUUGUGCUGUGUCGGGUUGUCAUGGUUACUGUCUCCAGCGCUCGUCGCCGUGCUAAGAUGCUCAGUCCAAGCUCAGCAUCAAAGAUGCAGACCUUUGACCUCACCUGGGCUGUUACCCGUCCAGUUCUUAUCCUGCUGCCCGUGCUGGGUCUGACCUGGCUGUGUGGAGUGCUUGUACAUCUGUCUGUAGUAGUUGCUUAUAUCUUCAUCGCUCUCAAUGCCUUCCAGGGCCUGUAUAUCUUCUUAGUGUAUGCUGUUUACAACAGUGAGGUGAGGAAUGCCAUAAAGAGGAUCAAAGAAAAGAGGAAGGCCUUAUCUUUCACGAACUGUUCCCAGCCAACCAGCUUCCUACCCUCCCAAAGGGCCCCAGUUACCUCCUGGGGUCACAGUCCUCUGACCCCCUCCAGCCCUGAGACCAGUGAGACCUCUGGGCCCCCCAGCUCCUCCUCCACAUCAUUGGUCAUCAAGAAUGAGAGCUUCAGAAAAGAGAGUUUUGUGACUUUCUCUUUAAAACCAGCAUCAGGAAACCAAGUAGUACUGCUGACUGGGUUCAAGCCAUCAGGGAUCAGCUAAUCCUCAAAUACUCAAGACAAGCAUGUCAUCACUUAAAGCAGGUAGCCCUGGUAUAAUGGAAAUGCAAAUACCUGCCAGCUGGGCUGAAGUGCCGCAUCAAACCAAAUCAAGUCAAGCCAGCAUAUGUAUAAGGAAAAGCCCCACAAGUGCCCUACAGACCGUCCAAUUACAUUUCAAUAAGUCACAUGCUUUGAGGACAUUUCACUGAAGGUGCUUAUUUUAAGUCAGAAUCCUUAUCCCUGGGCCUUGGCUGUAUUGCAUGAUGACCCUGUGGUGAAGACAGACUUGUGGGGUUGCACUGAUCACUCAAUGCUGAUGCAAAAUAAAUGUAUGAUUACAUUUACUCACACUCUGAAAUGAGUUGGGUCAAGGCCAUCAUACAUUUCAGAAAAUUACUGUGUAUUGUAUACCCACUGUGAGUUUCAAAUUCCAGCGUCCACCUGUUUCCUCUAUAUCUUUCACAGUAUUUCAUGUCAUGAAUGUGUUGAGCUCGACCUACUUUCUUUCUGUCUUGCAUAGGAAAUAUUUUGACGUAGCCUUGAGGGGAAAAUAAGAAAAAAAAUUAUUUGCACCUCAUUAGAGUUGACUGAAUGAACAUACUCAUAUUUCUGUCAUUAUUCUUGAAUCUUGAAUCUUUGUGUUUAUAUUCUUAAUGUUAGCAUAAGUGUUCUUUAGUGAAGUGUUCUUUAGUGGUGGUGUAUUGUGGAAUGAUGGUCUGAAUUUUGAUUUUUUUUUUUUUAUAAUGUAUAAUUCUUUUAAGUUUUACUUAUACAUAAAACAUAUGAAAACAGAAUAUCUGUUAUUGGUCUAUUGUGAAAAAUAUCACAAUACACUGAGAAUAUGUAGAAAGUAUAAUAUAUUAAUGACUUAAAGGAAAAGUUCAACCAAAAUGGAAAAUUCAGUCAUUAUCUACUCACUGAGGUCUGUGGUCCACAGAACAUUUGUGGUGCUUCACAGCAAAUUUAAAAGACAUGCUUUAUGCCCUUUUUGAGCCAAAUUCUUCAUUGCUACUAAGUGUUAGCAUGCACCCCGUAUGAAGCGAGGGCAAGAGCUCAACUGCACAUUGAGGGUGAAAAUAAAGUAUUGGGUCAAGUCUUGGACUAUACAACACAAGCCGUAUGAAGCCAUCUUGUGAUGUUUUUUUACAGGUUCCCAGCUACUUCAGUUGUUCAGGAGAAUGCUGCAAUGCUGUUUUGUUGUGAAGCUCCAGAAAUGUUUUGUGGACUAUGAAACUUUCCAGUAGCAUGGUGGGGAGGACAUAACAACUGAAUUCCAUUUUUUGGUGAACCGUUCCUUUAAUGUCAACAGCACGAGUUUUCUAAAAUCCUUGUGGACAUUUGUGAGGAGUGCAAGGUACAGAGCUCAGCCACCGAUAAGACAGGAGAUGUAAGGUAGAUUCACACACGAUCCAACAAAUGGCCAGGGGAGAAAGGGCAACAGGGUUUUUAUUUUUCCUUGAUUUUCUCCAUUUACCUGCACAGUGUACAGCAUUUGGACUGUGUGAAACCUGCCCCAGUGUCUUUUGUUGAUGUGAAUGUGCAGGCGGACACAACAGAUGGUCCCAUAUUUCCAGAGGGUUAAGUCACUGUCAAUGGCUCUAAAUUGCCUGGCGCUAAGGGGAAAGAAGUUUGUAAUAGAUUCAUUAAAUGUUUAGCAGUGUGUGAAGAACGCCUGAUGGAUGGUGUUUGAGUGCCACUGGGUGUUCAUUGUUGAAGGCCGAGACAAAGAGAAGUUCAUUCCCUUAAUCAGGAACGGACAGCGCUGGCUAUUCACACUAUCAGCCAUUAACCACUCCAACACCUGCUCUCUCUCACUCUGCCUUUCAGUUCCCUCCUUUCUUGUUUCGCUUUUGUACACAAACACACUUGCACUCCUGUAAUGCAAAAACAUUAAACAUCAGAUUGAGCUGGGAGUCGUAGCUAAUGCCUUUAUUUCACCGCAGGUUGUUGAACUGCAAAUGGAGUGGAUCCUGAUACUCAGUUCCAAUGAACACACAUCACACUGAAAGAAGGAGGAACAGAACACACACAGAUUCCACCUGAAGAAGUGCAAGGCCACCCACCACACAUACUUACAUUCUACUCAGAUGGAGAGUUCGGAUUAAAUUGAAGUAGGGAUGAAGAAGUGAGCUCCACUUUCUCUAAAACUGUCACUGUUCUGUUCCCAUGUUCCCUCAACCACUCAGUUUUUUAGCACAAGGCACACGGUGUUCUGUGUGGCCAACAGUCCUUUGGUAUUGUAGCUGAUUCCUAUCAGCUCUGGAACAAAUCAAGUAGUGAAGUAUUUUUGCAUUGUUGGAUUUACCAACCACAAUUUAUCCCGAAUGUUGACACAUCAAUAUCUCUAUAAGAAAGUAACAAUCUUUUAUUAAAGGUACAAUGAAUCAAGCAUUCAGCAGCAUCUAGCUGUGUGGAUCUAGACUGAAACACUCCCUCGCUCACACCUCCCUCUCAACGGACGUUAGCGAAGCUCCAGGAGCUACGGUGGCUCUCAUGGACAAGAAACCUCUAAAUAUGAACUCGUUCACAACAGCAUUGAGUAUUUCUACUAAUUCAAGUAAUGAGGUGAAGAUGUAUUUAGUUAUUUAGUCAAUAGAACUGUAGGUUAAAACUCAAGGCUCUAGGCUGAUACAAAGAAAUAAUGGAUCACUGUGAAAAAUCUUCACAGAAGUUAUUAACUGGGUGACCACCUACUGUCAGUUUUAUAAGUGAAUGGCUCUGUGGUUAAGUUAGCUAUAUUACCUAAUACUCAACUUCUGGUUCGUCUUUCAAAAUUAACCUCGCUGCCAAACAUUUCAUAUUUUUUAAAAUAUGAUGUCUUUUUGACUGUUAAUAACAUUGUGAAACAGUUACAGUUUGGUCAGGUUUAGGUCCAAAAAUGACUUGCUUACUUAUCCUAGUUUAGUCAGUUGCCUUACUAAUGUAACAAAUCAGUCCUGACACUUUGUAAGACACAGGACUUGAAUCCAACUCUCCUGGAGGAAAAUCAUGUAUAUGAAUCAUUCAGCCUCCAUGGCUCUGACUUUUCUUGUUUUUUAGACUACUGAACAUCAGCGCCAAACUUAAGUGUAGGGCCACUGACCAGGCCACUGUAUUGACGAGCUGGGGGUGAGAACAGGCUGGGUUUUUCUCAGAAGACACUGUCUUGGUUACCACAGACUUCACUGUGAAUAUCUUUUAUUCAGAAUUUGUACAACAGAAAGAAACUUUUGUUCCUCUGAACUAUUCAUCAUAAUCAGUACAUUGUAUCGGGACAUACAUGUUGCUUUUGUUUUUUUCAGCACAAAUGAAAGUAUAUUCAUCUCCAUCGUCGUAGGGUGGAGACAGCAGGCAUCUGAAGACAUCCAACUGUUUUACUUUGUAAAAUUGGUGAACUAACCCUUGAAUUAAAAAAGAAAAUAGAGAGACAAAGAGAGAGAUUAUUCUGUUUACUUUUAGCUGAGAUGUUUUUAUCUUAGCAACACCUACAUCCAUCAGCAACAGUUUUUACCAAAGACAUUCAGACAAACACAGUUUCGAGUUACAUUCUGGUGAUACUCCAUGAUGGUGCCUACUUGUCAUUGCAACAAAAUCUGGGAAGCAGUUCCUUUAUUUUCCAUGAAUUACUAAUUUAGUAAGAAUGCUCGUUAGCCCAUGUGUGUAACCAAUAUUCAUGCUGGUCUGUAUCUCACUCCUAAUUUCUCUUCCCUCAUGUUUCAUGUAAAUGGAAAGAACACAAGCCCAUGGCUCCAAAAUGCAAAACACUGUGGUUCAUGACAUGUCUUUAAGUUGCCAAACACUGUCGGAAUGGAACACUGAGUUUGUUUAUGGCUUGCUGGAGAGUAUGUUUAUAGUUUAGGUAUUCAAUAUGACUGGGACAUUGCAGCUCACCAGGCUUGGAGCUGUUAAAUACCAACAGACAGCAGUACGAUGCUGGGAGUGGGAAACACUUGAGAAACAGAGGCCUUUUCAUAUUCACUAAUUAAUAUCUCUAAUCAACCCUAAACCUAUCUACAGUACCUUCAUACAAACUUCUACAGCUGCUGCAGACACUAUCGAGACAUUUAUUUCUCUGUUGUGUUACAAGCUGUAGCCAUAUUAACUCUCACCUAUCUUUCCAACUCAGGAUGCACUGUAGGCUAAAGGCUCACACUAUUUCAACAUGCUGAAUGUCUGUGGAUAAACCAGUGGUCUGUGUGCCUCUGCUGAGUUUGUGGAUAGUCUGACCUGCCAGAAAUCAUGUUGUAAAUGCUGUAUGUAUUCAAAUAAGAAUCACAAUCAUGGAUAUUAGCUACUGUGCUCCAAAGGUCUGUUACAGUCUGACAAGUGUUCUCUGUUGUGUUGUUAGACACAGUAGUUUAGAUUCCACCAUGAAAUGUAAUCACAUCCUCAAAAUAUGAGAAUUAAGAUACAAAUUUCACAGUAAAAUGUAUGCCUAUUUUUUAGACACUGACUGACAACUUUCUAAAACUGUUGUAGAAUAACUGAUGUCAAUGAUUUCUCUUGAGUUUUAUAAGUCAGACAAGGCUAAAUAACAGCCACAAUUUACUGCUGUGUGAAAUCUUGUGUAUAUAUGAGCUGGUGCAUAAUUUGUGCACAUCUGAUGGAUGCUAUGCAAUAAUAGCCGACACACAAGUGGAGCUUUACUUCACUGAAUUUUAUUGGUUUAAUGCUAUUACAAUAAAAUAUAUCUAAAGAAAAUGUUUUGGUCACUUUCACUUUUGGGAGAAAAACAUCUCAGUUUAAGACGGGACAAACUGUCAACUCACAGGAGAGGAUAAAGUCAAAGAGCAAAAACAAAGGCAAUAUCAAGAGAAUCAAUACCACAACAGUAGCAAUUUGACCUCAACAUAAAGCGGAGAACUUUUUCAGUGUUGAAAUGUAUCUUCAUCUUGCAGUAGAUAUUCACUUCACAACAUAAAUAUACUAUACAGAGUGAUUACACACAGCCAUCUCAAUGGGAAAAGGUGUGUGUGUGUGUGUGUGUGUGUGUGUGCACAUGUGUGAAAAAUUGGCAAUUUCAAGAACACAUUUGAAGAUAUAUUAUGGUAAAAGAUUAUAUUUUUGUUUUUUUCAAAAUGACCAGAAACAGAGGUCCCCUCUUAGCCAGUGUAGGAAUUUAGUCCACUUGUAGGGUGUGUGCGUGUGCGUGUGUGUGUGUGUGUGUGUGUGUGUGUGCGUGCGCGCGCGUGUGUGCGUGCGUGUGUGUGUGUGUGUGUGUGUGUGUGUGUGUGUGUGUGUGUGUGUGUGUGUGCGUGUUUUCAGGCAGACAUUAAGCAUUAAGUUAAGGCAGGUGGAGUGAUUGUCUACGAUACCUUGAAAUAGCGGUCCCUGCCAAGUCAACUGACAAACAAGGAAUGAUUUUAAAUAUCCACAGUGAGAGAGUUGAGCUGCACAGUAUUACAAACACUACUGGUCCUGAUGACAGUGACAGUGAAUAUCAGUUACAUUGUCAUCAUCGCUGAGAGUCGUGUGCUUUUAUAAAGGGCGUGUCACACAAAUCUGUCCAGUUUGGGACAUAACACAUUAGUGUUACUUUUCAACACAGUAAGUGCCACGGAUAAAAUACUGACUGCUACAAAUACACUGUACAGUGGUUUGGACCUAUAGUUCAGGUGUCUGAUAGUGUGUAUGGAGCUGAUAAGGCCUUGUUGUCUAGUUUUCUGUUUUAGAUGUCUGAGAUAUUUAGCUUAAAAUGUGAACAAUAUGCAGCAAUAUCUGUUAUUUUAUUUUAGAUUUAGUGACCCAUGAUUGUAACCAUCAUCAACCUGGCAAGAGUAAAAUGCCAACACUAAGUUGUUUAUUUAUUUGUUUGUUUGUUUGUUUAUGCACUCAUUCAUUCAUUUAUUCAUUCACUCAUCUAUAGAGACAUAAAAUGGUCAAAUAAACAAAAAAUAAUUUUGUGUAUGAAAUACUGUCUCUCUCGAGUCUUAUUCCACAACUCUGAACCACUUAUCUGUCAUUUUUAAAGUGAUUAAAAACAGUCGAGGAUUGUGUUCACAAACUGCUAAUUCCACCAGUUUGAGAGACAGUUAACCAAUCUGAGCACAGUAGGCAGGUUAAAGAUUACAGAUGUCCUCCUACACAGCCAGCUAGCUACCUAGCCACAUCCAGGAAAAUAAGCAUCAGAAAAACUCAUGUAAAUAUGGCGACAGAUGUGGAUAAGAUAUAGCAAACUGUACAGAUUGUUGUAAGUCAUGUUUUUAAAUUUUGAAACAGUCUCAGUCUGAACAACACAGAUGCCUCUAUAUGACCUAUGUAAGCAAACAAGACCCUCAGUGAGAGGAUUAGCUAUUUCUAGUUAUUAUACUUAUUUUUCAAUGCCUGUUAAAAGGUUAGAUUCUGGAUUUUCAGGUCAAAAAAUGAAAAUGAUUUUUCAUGGUGAAGUGCUGAUGAUGAAAUGAGGAGGCUCGCAGUCUGAGGAAAGAAGCUGUUCUGUCGUCUGGUGAUGAAACAAAGUUAACUUUGUUUCACCAUCAUCAUUUACACUUAUUAAAUGUUACAUAGCUACAAAUACAUACUAGCUCAUCACAAUGCAUCCUGUAAACAGCUGUGUUGAAAAAAAAAAAAAAAGUUCAGUCUAGCCUCCAUCUCAAAUGCAUGCCAGAUCAAGAUCUUUGUCAGAGGAAGAGUUGGCACUCAAAUCGGGUUUGUCCACAUGGGCAAUCAGAAUCAACAAAAAACAUGAGCUCAAUGCGACAGCUUUAAAAUUAAUUCAACAUAUCUUUUUUUGAGCUGUAGAAAACAAAAUAACUCCAAACAGAAACUGGUUAAUAUCAACAUGAUUUCAGGGUAAAAGGAUGAAUUGACCAGUUCUAUUAAAAAAUAAGAAAUUAAAAGAGUAAAAGAAAAGGCAAAUCAACAAUCACUAUCAUUGCUGUCUUGUUUUCAGCCACUGACAAAGACAUGCCCACAUGUUCAACAACAGCAGCAGCAAUGCUGCUUCAUACUUAACAUGUGCACCCGUGAUGCUGCCAUUUCAACUGUGUAGAGCUCACUGAGGAUAAAGAAGGGCUAAAAGCUUUGGCAUAUGCUCAUCAGUGCACAGCUGUUGCGUCAGUGUUACUGGUUCACAUAUGCAGUAACAUGAAGAGGGAGGAGUUCAGGGUUUAACACUUAACAGUUAACAGUGAAACUGUGCUUUCUUUUGGAGGCAUUUGAUGACUGGUUAUUACCAAUGUUUCAUACAUUAGUAUGAAACAGUUCCCAAUAAAUACACCAUUUCUUUUCUUUGAGUAAUGGUUACUAAGAUUCAGUGUCCAGCCUUUUUAGUCAUUUUUGAGAAUAUACCAAUGUAUUGUCAGCAGCUUUUAAAGGUUAGGGUAUAUGUAUUCUGCAGGAACCAACAGGCCUAAACAUGAGAGCCAAAGACAGACAAGGGAGUAGUCAGAAACACAUUGCUGGUUUUGGUCAUUUCAUGAGAUCUUUUGACAAUAAGAAAAAAAUAAGCAUAAACAUUAUUUACACGAAAGUAUACCUCUGGAAAAUGUAACCAUUUUACUUGUGUGUAUUAAAAAAAAAACAUCUUGCAGCAGCUUCAGUUUCAGCCUCCACACACUCAGAUCAGUCAAUCCCUGUUCCACAUAUAAUACAGUGUGUUUAAGAGUGACAUAAUAUAGGAGUGAACGUGAUUUGUCAUUUGUCAGGGUCUGUUGUUUCUUGGGCAUUGACCCAUAAAUAAAUUCAAUUAUAUAAAGAAACUUGAAACCAAAUGUUGCCAGAUCCAUCUUUUUCCUCCCUGUGUCGUCUCUGUCUGGUUCUCCUGUGAAAACCAGGGUGCAAACACCUACAGAAGAAGCUUCCUUUUGCUUUACAUGUUAACUUAAAAAUACUGGCUAGUCAUCCUUCUCUCCCUUACCAUUUGGACAUUUAUUUCCCUCCUUUCUUUACUCUUCUCUCUUUUUCCUUUCACUUCUUUACCUACAAAGCAUCACUAUGUGUAUGGCUUUGAUAUAUCAGUAUAUUAACAUCUAAAUAGGUUAAAACAAGUCACAAUGAACCCCAUAGAGCUUUCAUAUUUGGGUUUUUUGUAAGGUUGUUGAUGAGAACAAUCAGUGCAGAUAUAUGAAACAGUGCUAGUGUAGUCUAACGAGACCACAGUGUGUCAUGUUAUCCUGAAGUCUGUUUUCAUCUAAAAAUAA